GCCCCGGCCGGAAUCCCAAAUCUAGCAGCCGAGACAGGCCGGGCCACGCCACGCCAGCCAAGCCUACUUACCCACGUCGCCGCUAUAAGAACCCGAGCCCCUCCAUGCCCUGCCGUCCACAUCCACACGCCACAACAUUAUCGCCUCGCCACCACACAGCAGCCGCGCGAAGCACGAGCUAGAAUACGCGAUCGAACCGUAGCGCUGGUGGCCAGUUCCGAGGAGAGACAUCCCCUCGAUCUCCCACUAGGUUCUCCUUGUCCCGACACCCUCGAAGCCCUAUAUUAAUCUCAUCCCGAUACCACCACCACCAUCACCACCACCUGUAGCUCGAUAGCUGGAGUAGCAGCCUACUCUGUUGGCGGCCACUGCAAUCUCUGUGCUCGAUCGGUCUGUUCCUGCGAGCAAUCAAAAUGCUGCACGAGGCGGCGCCCUGCACGUGCGGGCUGCUCUACGGGAGCUGCGGCGGCGGCUGCUCGUUGCUGUUCGCCGCGGCGGCGGGGGAGCACCACCAAAACUACAAGCAAUGGGGCGGCGACGGGGAGGCCUUCAGCGGGCCGUACGGAGUUUCAGUGGACUGCACGCUCUCGCUCGGCACGCCGUCCACGCGCCGCGCCGAGGCGGGGGCGCGCGCGCCGCCCGCCGGCGGGCUGCCCUGCUGGGAAGCAGCCGUGCCGAACUGCAACGGCAGGCAGCAGGAGAGCGCCGGGGCGCUCGCGGAGGCUAACGCUGCAGGCGUCAUGUCCGCUCGCCGGUGCGCCAACUGCGACACGACAUCCACGCCGCUCUGGAGGAACGGUCCACGCGGACCAAAGUCGCUGUGCAAUGCAUGCGGGAUCCGGUACAAGAAAGAGGAGCGGCGCGCGGCGGCCGCGGCGGUGGCGCCGACGUCGCUGGCCACGGACGGCGGGGUGGAGUAUGCGUACGGGUACGCGCGGCAGCCUCAGCAGUGGGGCUGCUAUGGCCCGGCGGCCGUGGCAAAGGCGGCGUCUUUCGGGAUGUUCGGCGACGCGACCGCCGAGGUGGACGGGCCGUGCCUGCCGUGGGGGCUCGGCGUCAUGCCUUCGUCGCCGGCGUUCGGGACCGUCCGGGAGAUGCCGAGUCUGUUCCAGUACUAUUAGCUAAGCUAGAAUGGCAGAUUACAAGUCGGAAGUCUCUUUUUCUUUCUCCCCUUUUAGUAACAACAAGAUGCUGUACUUUUUGACGGCACGAGCUGCUGUGCUUGACCAACGACCCAGCUGCAUCAAAAGCCGAAGCCGGUAUGGAUUAAUCCAGUUUCUUCACUCCCACUCAUAUAUCUUCUCUUUGUUGCUUGAUGAUUCUUUUUCAGGGUAGUUCUGUCUUAUUGUUCGAGUCAUAAGUUGGACAGGACGAGAAUGAUUUAUUCUAGAAG